AUGUCAAGGAGGUAUCCAGCGCGCAAGUAUCCUACUCAGGCCGGCGCAGGUGGGACCACUAUGGCUACUUCCGCACCUGCUCCCGUGAUGGCUGUGCCAAUGAUUCCAGCGGUUCAGAGCCAGGCUCCUCCGCAGCCUGUCUACUCCGGCCAACUGCACCCUCCCGUGGGUGCUCCGUCACAGCAGGUGUCUGCAGUUCCACUUAUAGGUGUUCCAACGUCUCAGCAGCAGACAUUUACACAGCCAAGUAUUUCUGCUACUCUACCGCAACCCCCUGCAGGCAUAGCUUUACCGCAGGCUGCACCUCCGCAACAGGCCAUCAAUUACUCUGAAAUAGCAGGCUCGUCUAUUGCCUAUCCGAGCGUGAAUCCGGCUGCUCUGUUCGCCCCCACAGAUCACUCUCAACCUUUCGCCAGCAGCCACAUAGUUACCACUCCCCACUAUGUAAAGCUAACACACACUGCACUGCCCCCGAGUAGCCAGGACCUCUCCAAUUAUGCCCUUCCCGUUGGAAUGGUGAUUGAACCGCUAGGGCCUGCAGAUUCGCCCCCUCCCCUCAUUGACUUUGCGGCAGAGUUCAACAUCCAGCCUCCCCGAUGCCAAAACUGCCAGGCAUUCAUCAAUUGCUACAAUACCUUUACCCCAGAUAGGGUUUCGAGCAUUUGCUGUCUCUGUGGACAUUCAACACACCUUGACCAUGCCUAUCGAUCAUCCAUUGACUUUUCUAACCCAAACUCAAUAGGAUCCAAUCGCGUUGAACUGACCCAUGAGGCUUAUGAAGUCAAGGCCACUAAAAACUACGCAGCCAGGGCCAACCAGACACUGACAUUUCGAACGUAUGUGUUUCUCAUUGAUGUCAGCCCCCAGGCCAUAUCUUCUGGUCUUACUUCUGUGGCUUGUGAGGCCUGCGCUGAAUUUAUAAAGCUGGCUAUAACAGACAGCACCGAAAAUGACAGGCGAAUCAUGCUUGGGAUUAUUCUCUUCAACACCCACCUGCACUACAUCAUCGUCAAGGACGCUGCACGAUACGAGCUUUACACUGUCCCAAUGAUAGACGAAAGGUUCAUUCCGGCGCCACGGGAUAUCAUCGUAUCUGCAAAGGCACGAGGAAAUGCUCUCCUUAAUGCUCUGCAGCAAGUCGUUUCUGUGUUCUCCCAGGCAAAUACAGUCUGCCCGCCGACAUCGAAUCAGAAGGAGACGGGGACGACUCGCGACGUCUGCUUUGGUGCGGCUUUGGAUGCAGCUUACAUUUGCAUCUCCACUAUUGGUGGGAAGAUCCUAUACUUCUUAUCAUCUCUUCCUUCUUGCGGGAUGGGCUCGCUGCACGCCAGCGUCCACAAGCGUAACGGCAACCUCCUGUUUUCGUCGACAGGAUCGCACUCUAAGGCAUUUGAAUCGGGCGAUAUAAUAAAACAGCUUCUGACCCCUGAUGCAAAAGAUAGCGAGUUUUACAUAGAUUUGGCCGUCAGAUCGACCAUAAACUUUGUCUCGAUUGAUGCCUUUCUGUGCCCACCCGCUUAUGUUAAUUUAGGUACGUGCUCGAGCACGACAUCUUCGGUGGCAAUGGGAGGCUUUCUAGAUCCUGCCACGCUAGCAGAGUUGUCCAGAUGCACUUCUGGGAGAUAUAACUACUAUCCUGAUUUUAAUGGUAGUAGAGACCGAGUGCGACUGUAUUCUGAUAUCCUGGAUGUGUAUCAGCGCUACUCUGCUUUAGAAGCGUGUAGUCGCAUUCGUUCCAGCAAGGAAAUUGAUGUUGCCUACACAUAUGGAAACAUCUACCAAAGGCAGGAGGGGAUCACACAGCUGGCGCAGUACGAUGAGCAGAGUGGCUAUGGGUGCGAGAUUGUCUAUCGAGUGAAAGAGAUCCAUGCAAAGACCCUGUACAUCCAGAUGUCGUUUCUCUACACUGACGAGGCAGGACUACGGCACAUUCGCUGCGUUACCAAACCCUUGCCAAUCGCGUCCAAUGCCGGUAGCGUCUCUACUGCCAGGGGCAGCUCUGUUGUUCUCUAUAAUUCGGUGGACAUCAAUGCUCAGGUAGCACUACUAGCCAAGAAGCUGGCGUGUGUUAUGCGUACUAACUCAGAAGUGACGUCUAGUAGCAACAGCACAGUUAUGUCCGUCGGAACAGAAAGCACUAAGUACGAGAACGUUUCUGGAAGCUUGUCUAGCAACCAGCCGUACCAUGGGAUCAUUGCUGGUCUGUUUGCAGACCUUGUAGUCUGUCUUCACAACUACCGGUCACUCCUAAAUCUACAACUAGACCCUCUGCUGAAGUUCAUUCCAGAGAAGCUGUCCCUAUUGCCGCUUUUUGUCUACGCUAUGUUACGAACUCAUAUGAUGCGUCCCGUUAACUCGAAGAGCGCCCGUCUGGAGGAGCGGGUCUUGUCGAUGAUGCGCAUAGAGCGCGGUAACGUGGCGGCGACUCUGAACGUGCUAUACCCCAACAUGUAUUACAUCCACCUUGAUGAAGCGACAGGGCAGUGGGUGGCCUCAAAGACGCGCUUGUCUGCAGAGUAUAUGGUUCCUGGAGGAAUCUAUUUCAUCGAGGACGUGCACGCCUUGUAUAUAUUUUUCCACCAUUCCAUCUCGCCCAGUACAGUCAGCCUGUUCUGCAAACCUAACAGCCAGGGGGCUAUCAACAUGGCCGAGCCCCUAGAGCUUCUCCCAUUGAUAGACCAGGAGGACAUAGACUCAAAUCUGUCUUCCCAGAACCCACUUGACCUCGUGUCCAAAUUGGCAGCACUUCUGCGCGAGCAGCGAAACAGCUAUCUCCCCAUAUUCCCAAUUACCGCGGAGACCAGGUUGGUCUCUGCCGUCAUGAAUUGCCUGAUUGAAACGCGACAGGGGAGCCAGGGCUAUGCAGACUUUGUCCGGAUGCUUGGAAAUGCCCUAGGCGCCAAGGCGGUUCGCUGA